AACCUAAACGGGCGAGAAAGAGAGAAGGAUCCGAAAUGGCUUAUCGGAGCUCCGUUUUCCAUUCAAUCUUCACCUUCUUGAUAGUCUCCACUUUAUCGGAUGCAGCUCAAACCGGAGCUGCGGAUCUCCGACCCGAAUCCGACUUGGUGACCGGCUUGCCUGGCCAGCCGCCGGUGGAGUUCCGGCACUACGCCGGCUACGUCUACGUGGGCCAAUCCAAAGACAAGGCUUUGUUCUACUGGUUCUUCGAAGCCAUUGGCGCCGCCGAAGCCAAGCCACUCCUUCUUUGGCUUAACGGAGGGCCCGGGUGUUCAUCGGUAGCGUUCGGUGCAGCUCAAGAGUUGGGUCCAUUUCUGAUUCGAACUAACAAACCCAAUCUCACACUCAAUGCCUACUCUUGGAACAAAGUGGCAAACUUGCUAUUUUUAGAAGCUCCUAUCGGUGUAGGGUUUUCGUAUUCUAAUCGAUCGUCGGAUUUAGAAGAGCUCGGUGAUGAAAUCACUGCUAAAGAUUCUCAUGAAUUUCUUCUUGCUUGGUUUGAUAAGUUCCCUGCUUUCAAAUCCCAUGAAUUUUACUUAGCCGGAGAAAGCUAUGCAGGACAUUAUGUGCCACAACUAGCUGAGCUCAUCUAUGAAGGGAACAAAAGAGCAAGUGAAGACUCAAGAAUCAACUUUAAAGGGCUUAUGAUAGGAAACGCAGUGCUAAAUGAUGAGACAGAUCAAAUGGGAAUGGUUGAAUAUGCAUGGAGCCAUGCCAUUAUCUCCGACCAACUUUAUAAUACAAUUCGCAAAGAAUGUGCCUUCUUUAAAGAGUCAGAAAAGAAAAAAGAAAGGGACAAGGAAAGAGCAAUGAAGGAGACAAAAGCUUGUUCUCUUGCUAUUAAGGCCUUUCUCCAAUCUUACUCUGAUAUUGAUAUUUACAGUAUCUACACUCCUGUAUGCCGCCACUACAGCUCCAAUGUUUCCGGCCAUCAUCGUCAUCGUCGUCCCAAACUUGUCGCCUCUCCUCGUCUUUUCCGGCAACAUGAAGAGUGGCAUGAAUUGGAGAGGAGAGUGCCAGCAGGGUAUGAUCCAUGCACAGAAGGCUAUGUAGAAAAAUAUUUCAAUAGAAAGGAUGUACAACAAGCUCUUCAUGCCAACCUCACUGGACUUUCUUACCCUUACUCUCCUUGUAGUGAAGUGAUACCAGAUUGGAAGGAUUCACCACCCACAGUGCUUCCAAUUCUCAAGAAGCUCAUGAAUGCUGGUCUUAGAGUCUGGGUUUACAGUGGAGACACAGAUGGCCGUGUGCCGGUAACUUCAACAAGGUAUAGCAUCAAUGAGAUGGGACUAAAAGUGAAAGAGAAAACAAAAGGUAAAGAAUGGGGAGGAUGGAGAGCAUGGUAUCAUAAAGAUCAAGUUGCUGGUUGGGUGGUGGAGUACCAAGAUGGCUUAACACUUGCAACAGUGAGAGGUGCUGGACAUCAAGUUCCUGCAUUUGCUCCUGACCGAUCUCUUUUGCUUGUUGCUCAUUUCCUUAAUGGAAAACCACCACCAUCUCACUUGUAGUAGGUUUUUUCUUAUUUUUGUAUUUUUGAAAAAUAUGGAUUUAAUUGCUGACUAUGUUUUUAAAAGACUUUGGAA